AUGCCUGGUAGGGACCCCGGAAUAUCCUAUGGCUCUUCCCCUGACACCAAGAAAAUGCCUGGUGUCCUGUGCCCCAAGUGUACUACGACUGAGAAGCAAGUUUGGGUCAUGCCUGGCCACCCACUCCUCUCCUUAUUGCGACAACGCGAUUCGUAUGUCUAA